GCAACAAAGAUAAUUCACUUGCUUGACCGGAACGGCAUAAGAAUAACACGAGCAUCAAGCAAUCUUUACACGUAGCGGAAUGCACAAGCGGAAUCCGCUUGCUUGCGCAGGGAAAGCACAAUUCGAUGCAAUUGUGAUUAAUAUAAAUAUAAUGAUAAUGAUUAAUCCGAUUGAACCAUGUUGAAAAACGCUCUUUUCUGUUUGUACAGGUAUCCUUCAGUCGAGACAAGUCGAAUAAGAUCCAACACGCAGCAACAUGAAGAGGAUCCUGUUGAUAUUGGUGGCUUGGGUAGCUGUCGCGCAUUGCGGCAAAGCUAAAAAACAGAUUCACGAUCAACCGUUGAUCGAUGGUUACGAGUUCGAGUACGCCGGCGCACCCGAAUUGGGCUUGAUCGAGUCAAAUUCCCAUUAUGUCGAAGCUGCGCCUGUCGUGGCGGUCGCCGCCAGCGCUCAUCGUCCAAGCCACCUUCUUGCUCGGCCUGGUUACAGCGUGGGUGGUCCUUUGGCCAGUAUCGCUAAAGGAGCCGCUGAUCAAGCACACACACAGUUGAACCAACAACCGUCGGCCGCUGGACAGGCAGCGUACGUAGCCAAGAACACUCUGGCUCAAGCGGCGGCACAAUCCGCGGCGACUGCCGCUGCAGCUUUGGCCGGCAAGCAGAUCAUCGUGAUGGGUCUGGAACAGCAAGCGAGGGACGCGCACGUCGCGGUGGACAGCGAGAAGCAACAACUGCAACAGGCUCAACGUGCGGCCGCGGCUGCGAAAAAUGCGGCGCAGCAGGCUAUGCACCAAGUACAGGUGAUCACGACGGCGUUGAACGCGGCGCAGGCUACCGCCGAACACGCCACACAAGCGGCGGCCGAGGCCGCGGCCGAGUUAGCCGCGCAAACGACCAUGGUGGGCCAAGCUAAGGCUCGCGCCGAAGCGAUCGCCGAACAGCUCGCAGCGGCACGCCUGGACUUUGAGACGACGCAGGCGGCAGCGCAUAAAGCCGCCCAUGCCGCCCAAGCGGCACAGAGCAACGCUGCGGCCGCGGCCACGCAUGCGGCGCACACCGCAGCCGCGACUGCGGUAGCGAAUCACCCUGUUUCUUUGCAUGCUGUCGAGUCAUUCGGCUUGCCGAAUGCCCUGCCCAUCGACGCCUACGACAAGCUUUAUCUUUAACAGUCCUUCUUCACACUCUCUCAUAUACUUCUCUUCUAUUCGCGUUCGAACGAUCUUUGUGCAACGAUAGCUCGAGCUUAUCCUUUUCUCUAUCUCGUGAGGCUCAGCAAUCGUUGCACUCACGCGUGCCAGAUUGCACAAUAAAAUAUUGUUGCCAUCCA